UGGUGCAGUCAAGAGAAAGAAACAAGCAUUGCUAUUCAUUUUAUAACUAGUGCAUUUGGCCAUCUUACUUUUCUGUAGUGCUACUAUUAUAUUUUUAGUGAUAAGGUUUUUUAACUUUGUUUGGAAAUCAUAUUUUUGUUUUCCUUUUUUUUCUUUGAAACACAAAAGCUUUUAAGAAGUAUUUUAAAUUCGUAAUUAUAAUAAAUAAUCUGUUAAGCUAGUUUUGGUAAUCUACUUUACUGAAGAUCUGAGGAAAGCAAGAUGCCUUUUUUCAAGAAGCUGAGAAUAUUUUCACGACAUAAAAAAUUAUGUGAAGAAUGGGCAUUAGCAAAUAGUCGCGAAUGUGUUGACAAUGGAAGCAAUAAAGUUGGUAACAGCAAUGGAAGCUCACUGACUCAUGACGAUCAUGAUGAGGCUGGUGAGGCAACUUUCACCCUGAAAUAUCUAGGUAGUACCUUAGUGGAGACACCCUCAAGCGAAGAGGCGACCGCUGAAGCAAUCAAGACGGUCAUUACCAUGGCUAAAGCAAGUGGGAAAAAACUGCAAAGAGUGGCACUAUCAGUUAGUCUCAGAGGUAUUCGUAUGACAGAUUUGGCAACAGAAGAGGAUCAACUGCAAGUUUCGAUAUAUAGAAUUUCCUACUGCUCAGCAGAUGCAACUCAUGAUCAUGUAUUUGCAUUUAUUGCAACGAACUUGAACGAAACGAUGGAGUGUCAUGCUUUUCUAUGUCCAAAGAGGAAAAUGGCUCAAACAGUAACUCUGACAGUUGCCCAAGCAUUUAAUACUGCUUAUGAAGCUUGGCAAUUAUCCCAAACUGACUCAAGUAUUCAUCAAACCUCAGACAAGAGUCCCAAUGAGAUUUCAAAUAACGAUGCUAAUGGUACAGCCAAGUCUAAUGGGAGUGAAAUUCAAGAGAAAAAAAAUCAACAGAAAAGUGAAAAGAACUUGCUUAUUGAUUUAUCUAAUGAUACCAAACCAUCAGAGAAAUCCUGGGUUUGCUUUGAAGAGGAUGGUGCUACAGAAGCGAAAAAAACACAAAGGAAGAACAUUGGAAAUAACAUCCCAAUGACAACGAUCAGACAUGCUGGCAAUACGAAUCACCACGUAGUACCUAGGCCAUCACCCGGAUUCAAAGUACAAAAUGCUUGGGGAGAAUCACGACCCGUUGAUUUAAUAUGCUCGUAGCAACCCUAGCCAAAGGCCGACAGCUUCAGAGAUGUCCCACUAAUCACAGGACUCUGGAAGCAUUUGUCUAUCAAUGGCCCUACAAAAGCAACUGCAUCAAUUCAAAGCAUUAAAGAUACUUCAUCAAAUGCGAAAAAAGAAACGGAUAUCAACUAGAAGUGGGUUUAAGGUCAGGCUACAGGGAAGACUAGAAUAGAUUAUUUUAUUUUUUUCAGAAAAAUUUAAUGAAGAAAAAUUUAUUUCAAGUUCUAGGGUUUUGUGAUAAAAGAUAGAUGUACUACUUGUGAUAGAUCUAUUUAGAAAGUUUUAAAAUUAUUGGACAAUGAAUAACUUGCCAGCAAAAGAUUAUAAAUUAUGGUGAUAAAACAUUGGCUACAAUUAUGAAUAUUCAGAUUAAUAAUUAAUUCAUAAUAAAACAGUCUACGAGUUGAAUAGUUUAGUUUAUUAACUUAGUUUCAUUCCAAAACCACACUUGGCUCAGUCAGGAGUUAUUAUAGUCCAAUAAAUAGUCGCAAUAUUUGAUGAUGAUAAAAGUAAGUAAUUUCUGAAGUUGGAAAAUUAUUGGAAGGGGAUGAUGCUAAAAUCAACUAAUCUGUAAAUAAUAAAAACUCUUCGUCUAUAUAAGGAAGAAAGUUAAUCAUAGAACUUCAUGAAACAUUAUAUUAAUCAAUAUUACUUCAAAUUCAACAGAAUAUUACUCUAUUCUUCCAAAGAUUGCAUUCUUAGUAAAUUAUUAUUUUAUAAUUAUGAAUUUAAUUAGAUAGAAAUAUCAAAUUUUAAGAAAAAAAAUUAAGUUGUAAACUAUUUUUUGAAAUAUCAGCUAAAGCUACAAAGUCUCCAAAAGCUACAAGCAGUACAUCUACUUUAAUGAUAAUAAGAGAAAUUGAAACUUUUGUAUCAUUUUAAUUACAUCAGUAUUUAUUGGAGUCCUUCUCAAGACUAAAAUUGAAAUAAUUGUUACAAUUUGUAAAAAACAAUGACAAUUAUCAAUAUUCUGCCACAUUCUGGUCUUCCUUAGAUAGUUUCAUAAUGUUUAUUCUCUAAGUGAUCUUAACAAUAUCAUCAUUGUUACAUAAUCAUAAUAAUUUUGUGGAUUCUUUUAUUGUUAGGUGAUAAGUGUCAUUAUUUUUCAUUAUCAUUAUACAAAAGUUAAUUUUAUGACAAAAUCGCCUUUUAUAGGAUCUAUAUUUCUUAGAUAUUUUACUCUUAUACUAAGCUACUAUAUCAAGCUAAUUUUUUUAUUCAGACAAAUUGAUCUCUGAAUUAGGGAAUUUUUUCAUUUUUUCAAAUUAUGAAUUUUAGAUUGUAGAAUAAAAAUAGGGAAAAUUUAUCAUUAUGUAUACGGAUAAAAUACUUUCAUUACUAACAUCAAUAUUAAAACUGUUGGAUUCAACUCAACGUUAAAUAAUUAAUGAAAAUUAUUGAUAAUUCGAAGCUUAAUGUAAGGAUAUACGUAAAUAUUAUGAUUAACCGAAAGAAUUAUUUCGUGUGAGUACAUAAUGGCUGUGUUUGUUUGUAUGUUAUAUCCGCAAAAUGUUUUAAAAGAUGUUAUCAUAUAUUUAAUUGAAAAGUAAAAUACUUUUUUGAAUUUUGUCUUUAUGAGUAAAUGCGAUAUUCAGUAAUAUUUAUUCCGAAUAACAUCAUAA